GUCUUUGGAAACAUUGCUCUGGAUGACGACAGCGCCAUUAAUCGUCACAAUAACUUCCAAACUUUUCUGCAGGCACUAAUGUUGCUUUUUCGGAGCGCUACUGGAGAAGCCUGGCAUGAAAUCAUGCUUGCGUGCCUCAGCCACCAGCCCUGUGACGAGCACUCGAACCUCAGCAGAAACGAAUGUGGCAGUGACUUCGCUUACUUCUACUUUGUCUCCUUCAUCUUCCUCUGCUCCUUUCUGAUGUUGAACCUAUUU